AUGGAAGUUGGUCCGCCAACUGAUCUCUUUUUCAAAAACCUUCAUAAAAGCGAGAUCGGUGAAUAUGUUCAAGAAAGGCUUCGAGAAUUGAACAUGCAGUUGAAUGCAAUAUUGCAUGUGGUUGACGAAAUUAAAGAUAGAUUGAUUAGGGUGAAUUUUGGGCAGAGUUUUUCGACUUUUUCUAUGCUAAAAAGCAGGGGAUUUGGGUUUGUAACAAUGUCUACUCCUCAGGAGGUUGAGGCAGCAACUAGACAGUUUAAUGGCUAUAUAUGUAAGAUUUCAAAGACUGCUUUUAUUGGAAUUAGAUUGAUGUUCUGUAAUAACUUGAGGGAAGGGGAAUCCUCCUUCAGAUCUCCAAGGAGUGGUUAUGGAGAAAGUAAUAAUAGCUGCAAUAGGCUAUAUGUUGGAAAUCUUUCAUGGGGUGAUGAAUCUGCUCUUGAAAGCUUGUUUAGCGAGCAAGGAAAUGUCUUAGAGGCUAAGGUUGUUUAUGAUAGAGAAAGUGGGAGGUCAAGAGGUUUAGGGUUUGUGACCUAUGGUUCUGCCCAAGAGGUCAACAAUGCAACCGAUUCAUUGAAUGGAGAUGACCUCAUUGGACGUUCUAUUCACGUUAGUGUGGCUGAAUCCAAGCCUGUACUUGUUUUUUUCAGUCUUUUCCAUUAUUUUUCCUAA